AGAUAACAAAAAGCGGCAACCACAAGACUUAUAUCAGCAAUAAUAAAACUCAAAUUACUUUCAAGUCUUGCCCAAUACCACAUACGUUCAUAAUGGUGGCCGCUUAAUUCUAAUUAAAUUUGCCGGCAGUCAUAAGAUCAUUGCAGGACCGACGGCAAAUUUCUGAUUAUAUUUGUGCCUCCCUUGCCAUGCACGAAGCGUGUUUUACUCGCUUGGUUUGGAUGUGUAUGGUACGGUUUUCGUUUUACUGUUUUGACAAAAGGUUGUUUAACUGUGAGCAGAUCAACUGAUGACGAGCAGGGGAAGUUGGAAACAACCUUCGUUUUCGCAGAAAUCAAAAACAAAACUACAGAUACUCUACAGGUUAUGCUUGUCCAAAGCCCCUGAUUUUGUAUACGCCGUAGCGAAACCAAGCAACCAAUCUUUGCCAUUCGAAUUUAGUCUGGUCGUUCUGGAAAUGAAUUCCGGUAGUUUUCUGGUUGAAUUAGAGCGAGUUGAUCAAGCUUCAGGUUGGGAUACGAUGAUAACUGUGGACUGGUUUUUGUAUACAGGUAUUGCUCUGGUACACGGAAAACGAGUUUUUUGGCUUCCCGAUCUCUCUGAAACAAAGACAAUGAACCAAGAGCAAUCAGCGAUUUACUGCACCAACCGUGGCGCUGAAUUAGCCGACAUUGCGGACAAGGAGACGUACAAAUUAAUCUAUAACCACAUUGCGGAAUCUCACAUGUAUAACACAAAAAUACGUUCGUUCGUGCAUGCUUGGUUAGCUUCGAAGUAUAAUCCACAGACCAGAAACGUGACACAGAGCAAUGGCGAGCCUGGUUUUAAUGGAUACGGAAAAUGGAGACAGCCUUCUUUUCCCAGCUCCGGUAUCAAUGACACUGUAUUGGCUGUCCGAGUUCGUGAUUACGACUCACAGGACAGCGGGUUAUUAAAUUUCCCGCCGAAGCAAGCACUUGGUGCUUGCACUGUGGUCUGCUCCAUGAAACUUCUACGUAAUCUAUAACGAGUUGUCCGGCGCCGUGGUUCAGUGGUUAGAGUCUCUGCCUCUAGACAAGAAGAUAUAGGAUUCAGACUCGAAGCCCCUACUAUUGUGGGCGUAUGUGUUUUUACGCAAGACACUGCUCGGCAAUUGCUCUAACCUAUGUAACUACUGGGUUUCCCAAAUUUUCGGAUAUGUACAUAUUAAAAAGGACAAAUCACAAAAAAA